AUGAGCACACUUCUUGGUUGCGUUGUCCUCAUAUUCUUCUAUAUGGUCGCAGCUGCCUCAUCCGCCACUCUUACGGUGAACUGGUCCCUUGGCACCGACUACACUCCCCUCUCCACCGGAAAGACCUACGCCGUCGGCGAUACCAUCGUGUUCAGCUAUGGUGCGGGUCACACGGUGGACGAAGUGAGCGAAAACGACUACAAGAGUUGCACUUUAGGUAACUCUAUUACCUCCGACAGCAGCGGAACCACGACCAUAGCUCUCAAGACCACUGGUCCUCGCUAUUUUAUCUGUGGAAUCCCCGGCCAUUGCGCCGCCGGUAUGAAGCUCGCUGUCACCGUUGCGUCGACCUCUUCAAACGAUGGCACUACCACACCAUCAUCCCCUUUCAACGGAGGUGCUGGUUACAUUCCCACGACCACACAGGCCAUCCCUUGUGGUGCUUGGGCCGUGUCCUCUCCAUUAGGGGCUUCAGUUGCGACUUGGGCCGUUAUUUUGUAUGUUUUGGCUUUGUCUUAG